UGAGGUCGACCUUGACGUGUGACGGUGUGACAGCUGUUGCGUACGGGCGGUGAAACUGUCGGGCAGGAAAAAUUGUAAAUGGAAAUGGUAUACAUUUGCAGUUGAGUAAGUUGAUACUAGGAUAUUGGGACUAGAAGAGUUUCAAUUCUUUGCCUUCAAGAUGAAACCCGCGGCUGAAAAUGUAUGCAAUCCUGACUUAUUGAAAGAACGAGCUCAUUGCAGAUUUAUUCCUGAGGAGAUCACUCAUUUCCUGGACAAUGGUUCUGAAAAUACAAAGCUAAGGCACAAAUUGGAGGAAUAUUUCCUAAAUAAUCCUCUGUUUGAUGAUGACAUUCCUCCGGACUACCUGAGCCACAGCGAGCGGUACAGCAAUGAGCUCAGGAAGUCCUGUGCUAUGGUGCAGUGUUUCCUCAACGACCCCACCGUCCAGAACAUUGCUGGGCAAAUGGAGGGAGUUAGGAUGCUUAUGGGCAAUGGCUUGGGAUCUGCCAUCACAAAGGAUGGGAACCCGCUUGCUCUCCACUAUGUUAUGUUCCUGCCUGCCCUCAUCAGCCAGGCAUCACAGGAACAGAUGGCAUAUUGGAUUGGUAGAGCCUGGGCUGGCCAAAUAAUUGGUACAUAUGCUCAGACAGAGUUGGGACAUGGGUCAUUCUUACGCGGGCUGGAGACCACUGCAACGUACGAUCCUGACUCUGAAGAGUUUGUUCUGCACUCUCCUACUAUAACCUCCAUCAAGUGGUGGCCUGGAGGAUUGGGGAAGACAGCUAACCACGCUGUGGUGAUGGCCCAGCUGUACACAGAGGGCAAGUGUUGGGGACCUCACGCCUUCAUUGUGCAGCUCCGGGACCUGGACACGCACGCCUCCCUGCCAGGCAUCUCGGUGGGGGAGAUCGGGCCCCGGCUCGGCACGAACAGUCAAGACAACGGCUUCUUGAGGCUGCACCACGUGCGCAUCCCUCGCCUGCAUAUGCUCAUGCAGCACGCGCAGGUCACCAAGUCCGGAGAGUACGUGCAGCCUGCGAGCAGCAAGCUCACGUACGGCACGAUGGUGUUCGUGCGGGUCGCCAUCUGUUUCGACGCGGGGCGCCAACUGCAGCGAGCCGUCACCAUAGCAACGAGAUACUCCGCCGUCCGCAGACAGUCAGAGCUGGUGCCAGGAGAGGGGGAGGUGCAGGUGCUGGACUACCAGACGCAACAGCACAAGCUCCUGCCGCAGCUGGCGACGGUGUUCGCCGUGACGUUCUCGGCGCGGCGUCUCUGGGAGACCUACAACUCCGUCACCCACGGCCCAAAGGAGGCGCAGCUCGCCCUCCUGCCCGAGCUGCACGUGUUGUCGUGCGGGCUGAAGGCGGCGUGUGCGAGCGACUGCUCGCUGGGCUGCGACGUGUGCAGGCUGGCGUGUGGCGGGCACGGUUAUCUCGCCAGCUCCAACCUGCCACGCAUCGUCACUGCCACCACCGCCACACAGACUUACGAGGGCGAGAACACCGUCAUGUGGCUGCAGGUGGCAAGGUACCUCCUGAAGGUGUACAGCGACGGCCUGGAGUCUGGCGAGGAAGCGGGUCCGUCGGUGCAGUUCCUCAGGGAGCCUCGGCCAGACCUCACUGCUCCCUCCCACGCCAGACUCACUAAUUACGGUCUGGUGAUGGGGUGGCGGGUGGCGGUGGUGGCACUGCUGCAGGAGGCGCAGCAGGAGCUGCAGCGGCGCGUGGCUGCAGGACAGCAGCCUGACCGAGCGCGUGACGCCUGUUCCCUCACGCUUGUGGACGCCGCUCAGUGCUACAUCCGAGGGCACAUGUGCUGCCAGUUCGUGGCGGGGGUGGACGAGCUGCAGGGCCUGAGCGCCGGCACUACCCUGGUGCUGCAGCAGCUCUGCCGCCUCUACCUGCUCUACCACGCCUCCUCCAGCCACCUGCUCAGGCACGGGUGGCUGUCAGGGGCUGAUGUCAGCCAGCUGGAGGCGGAGUACCGCGCCCUGCUGACGGAGCUGCGUCAGGACGCCGUCGCCCUCGUGGACUCCUUCGACAUCCACGACCGCAUCCUCAACUCCACGCUGGGGGCCGCAGACGGCAGGGUCUAUGACAGGCUGUACGAAGAAGCCCUGAAGUCUCCACUGAACCAGCAGGACGUGCCGGACGCCUUCAACAAAUACCUGCGCCCUUUGCUCAAGUCCAGCCUGUGAAAGUGCCAUCUGGAAGAAGAGCUCCUGGGGAAGAAGGGAGUGAACGACGCAAUGCUAAUUGAAACGUGAAAUGACGUUCACUUCUUAUCGAGGUCGCUUCGAAAAGAUUCCUGCUGGUAAAGUCUAUAUUACUCGCCUUAAUGCAGCUAUAUAAGAUUGCUACUUACUGCUCUCUUCCACGACUUUUGAAACCCUGUAUUUUUAGCCGUGCAAGACGUGAGUUUGUACGUGCUAACGUGCAUAAACCAUGACAUAUGUGGGGGCACUGUGCGUGCCAGGUUUGUGUCGUGUGGGUGCCCGUGUUUGUGCCGUGGGUCACAAAAAAUAAUUAUCCAUUUAUCGUCCUUCUUAAAAACUGCUCGUUGGGCCGCACCUUCCCUCCGCUCCGAUGCUUGUUUGUGCGUACGCCGCUGAGGUCAACUCCUGCAGUAAAGCGAAUCUUUUGUGAUCUGAAUAGAUUUUGUGCGGCAAAUCAGCAUGAUGAGAUUUAUGCACGAACCAGCGGUAGCAGUAGUUUUAUCUCUAGACAAGUUAAUUAUUACUAAUGAUUAAAUUUAUAUUAUCGAUGAUAAUUCAUUAAUCUUAACUGAAGUCGCAGAUGGUGGCGGCUUGGACUUUGCAAUAACUUCAUUA